AUGGCAUCAGGACGCUGGCCUCCCCACUACGGCAUGCAGUUCACAAACACACUGCAUCAAAAGGCCGAGGGCCCGACGCUGCCCGAGAACAACCCGUCGCCGGGCUACAUCGUGGUGGUGACGGGCGCGGGCAAGGGCCUGGGCGUGUACAUCUCGCUGGCGUACGCACGCGCGGGGGUCACGGGCAUCUGCAUCUCGAGCCGGACCCAAGGCGACCUGGACGCGCUGGAGAAGCAGCUCGCCGAGGUGAACCCCAAGCUCGAGAUCCUGUCGUCCAUCUGCGACACGACCAAGCCCGAGGCGGUCAAGAGCCUGGCCGAGCAGGUCCGCCAGAAGUGGAAGGGCCGGCUGGACGUCGUGGUGGCCAACGCGGGUGUCAUCUCAGAAUACGUCUACGACGUCGACCCCGAGACGGGGGAGAAGUCGAACCGCCGGCUGCCCCGGGGCAUCGUCGAGGACGACGACUUCCAGCGCGUCAUCGACAUCAACUUGCUCGGAUCGUACUACGUGGCCAAAUACUUCACGCCGAUCCUCGUCGCGCCGGAGAACCCGAGCGCGGUGCGCAGUUAUAUCGUCAUGACCAGUCUGGCCAGCCAGUUGACGCAGAGCAACUUUGUGCCCACGGCGUACAAUGUCGCGAAACUGGCCAACAACCGCAUGGUCGAGCACAUGGCCGAGGACCACAAGGCCCAGGGCCUGCUGGCCUUCGCCGUCCAUCCGGGCGCCGUCUUGACCCCUCAAACCGAGCAUCAUUCGACGCAGAAGGGAGACGCGUGGGAUACCCUCAUGAGCGAAGAUAUCGGCCUGUGUGGCGGUUGGUUGACUUGGCUGACCAAGGAGAGGAGGGACUGGUUGAGUGGGAGAUAUCUCGCCGUCACGUGGGACGUGGACGAGUUGCAGGCCAAGAAGGACGAGAUCGUCAAGGAGGACAAGUUGAAGUUCAAGAUGACCGUGUAG